AUGACAAUCAACCACAUCUUCUUCAACGCUUCCGCAGCCAAAUUCCAAGCGCUGCGAUCAUUCUAUGAGGUAGUGUUAAAACCCAUAGGCUACACUGAGAUGAUCUGCGCAGACAACGAUGCUCUGAUCGGCUACGGUAGUGAUUAUCCUUAUUUUUGGCUGAAAAAGUUGUCCGAAGGUCAAUCGCCGAUGCCAACGCAUGUUGCGUUUGAUGCCCCGAAUCAAGAGGCGGUAGAUCAAUUCUACGAAAUUGCAUUACAAAAUGGCGCACGUGAUAACGGACCGCCGGGCAUUCGAAAGGAGAUGAGUCGGCAGCCGUACUAUGCGGCUUUCGUCUCGGAUAUAGAUGGGAACAAUGUGGAAGCAGUCUGUGUUUUGAAGUAG